GUCUAUCAGACGUCUAUCUAAUGAGGUAGAUUUAUCCAUACAUCCAUCCAUCCAUAGGCCAAAAAGGGGAGGUUGCCGUUUGGUUGUGUGGUCGCGCACCUUUCCUAUCGCUGGAAAGCGUUUUGUUUCUUCAAUUUAUGUCUUCCUGAUAACUCCAGUCCCCUAAUUAUGCUACUUGGAAACGACGACGACGAUUUAGAUUUUGCGGUGCAGCCCGGGAGCUCAAAACUUGCCAAGCUUUUUACGGACACCGAAGCUGCCAAGGCGGAUAACAGCUCCCUAACUUACACACCACCGAGGCAGCCUUCUAGCAAAAACGUUGACGCUCAAAACGCAGGGAGCUUAUCACUGCUGCACGCCACCGCCGUUCAAGCGUUCAAGUAUGAAAACGGAAAGCCAGUGAACCAGGGAAAGCUAGGAGCAGCAAUUCUGGGUAAUCAUGAAUCAACACUUUAUAAACUGAUACUCUACAAGGGCAAGCAACAACACAUUGCCGUUGCUGCAAUAAACCAACAGUUCAUUUUUAAGGCUCAAGGUAACAAUUUUUUAAGCUUCCUCGAUAAUGAACGAACAAGCUGGUCAGUGAAGUUCGAAAACGAGCAGAGCUCAGUUGAAUUUGCGAAACAGGUUGUCUUGGCAAAGGCCAACAGUCUUGGCUCUAGUCUCUCCAGCUUUGGCAACAUCAUCACACAGGAUAUUUGUCUUGGGGAAGGAGAGCCUCUGGACAACAAUGGUGUGGCUGUCAUCAGAUACACAGGCUGGCUUCUUAGCAACCAUUCGCUUGGAAAGGUGUUUGACACCAAUGCUGAUGCAGAGAAGCCAUUGAAGGUGAAGCUUGGCAAAGGAAAAGUCAUCAAGGGUUGGGAAGAUGGUUUGCAGGGUUGCAAGCAGAAAUCAAGGAGACUCCUGGUGGUGCCCCCAUUGUUGGCCUAUGGCUCCCAAGGAUUAGCAAACACUGUGCCUUCAAAUGCCACUCUCAUAUUCGACAUUUCGAUCAGCAAGGCGAAAUCCGGAAGGGAUAGUACAAGGUCAACCACUCCAGUGUCUAAUACUGGCAGUGAGGCGGAGAGGCCAGAAACGAGAAGCUUGUCUCACAGCAGCGUGGACGAGUCCAUUCGGGCCCGAGGUGCCUCCCUGUCAGAGCAGCUGAGCCAGGCGGCGAGCAGCGGAGCGGAGAGCGACAAGGCCCGCCUGCUUUCGCGCAUGGCCAAGAUGGGCAACCAGAUACUGCCCCUCGUGGGGGCAGUGCCCGCUCGGCCCAGCAGCGAGUCAGAGCCCGAGGACGAACCACCAGCGCUGCAGCAGACCACUAGACCUCAACCAGCACUGCGUGCAGAUUCUCCAAAGCCGUCUGUCAAACCUAGAAGUACACAGCCAUUGCCAGCACCACAGCCCAUUAUGCAGCCUGUUAUACAGCCUAUGGUUGCUCAAUAUGCUGGGAUGCCACACCAGGCCUCUGCCGCUUCUGCUGCUCAGCAAAUGGCCGUGUACCAGAGCCAGCCACAGUUUGCUGGUGGCCUGGGAGCCUACCCCUACCACCAGCAGGGCUUGGUGCUGCCUCCCCAGCCCUACCAGGCGGCACCCAUGGCGCCACUCAGUGCCACAGUUCCAGAUGGGCAGCUCCCGCUCCUGCUGUCGGAGACCCGGUCACAGAACACCGAGAUCAGACUCGGCCUGAGCAAAGUGGCCGACAAAGUAGACACUGUCCUCAGCAAGCUUGACAGCAUGAGGCCUCCACAGGCUGCAUCAUCAAUGACACCAUACAUGGACAGUGAAGUGCUUCUUCACAACAUUCAGAGGAUAGUGCAGGAGAACAUCAAACUGAAAGAGGAAAGCGGCGAAAAGGGCAACAAGAUCCAGGCCCUCAACGAAAAGAUCUGUGACCUGCUGCAGAGAAACCAGAGGUUCAUGGAAGAGAGUAACACCAUGCUUGAGCAGAGAAGCGACUCGUUGCACAGUUCUGCUGCCCACUCUCAGGCAAGGUUGCACACUCUGGAGAAAGAAAAGCUGGAAGUAACUGAAAAGCUGAAUGAGGCCCAGUCGCUCGUGUCAAGCCUGAAAGCGGAGCUGUCCGAGAAGCAGCAGAGGGACUCGAAGAUGCAGGAGCAGCUGGAAGAACUGCGCAGUCAUUCGCAAGAAAAGGAGAAUAUUCUUUUGUCUCUUGAAAACAGCCUGAAGGAAGCGAGGCAACAAAAACAUGAGCUGGAAGCAAGAUUGGCAAAAUUCGAGGAACAAGUCUUGGACUUGGAGCGCCUGAAGAAUAACCUCGAAAAGGUACCAUGGAGGAUUCAUAGGCACAGCCGACCCUGCUCUUUGACAUGGUACAGUGAUUGGGGGCACCUACUCGCUGUUACUGUCUUCUUGCAGAACUUGUCUGAAAGGACACAGAAGCUGCAAGACGAUAGAAAGAGAGCCGAUGAGGAGCUGGAUGAUGUCAAAAUGACCCACGAGAAAGAAAUUGAGAGGUUGCAGACCAAACUGCACCAGCUGAUGGCUGCACAAUCUUCCCAACAGGUUGCAGAUCUAGAGGCGGAAUUGCGGAACGAGUGGCAGGCCAGGUGUGAAAAGCAGGUUGCAGAAGUAGAAAAAAAACUUGGCCAAAGACUACAGGAGCUGGAAGAAGAAAAAUGUCAACUGGAGCAAAAACUUAGAAAACUGCCUAGUGAGUCAAGCCUUAGUGUGACCACUGGAAGUGUUAAGGAGCUUGCAGAGCUCGGAGAAGAAGUUGAACGUCUAAGAGUUUGGAAAGUUAAGUAUGAAGAAUUGAGUAGAAGCAAGGAUGAAGCAGCUGAUGCAUAUGAAAGUCGGAUUAGGAAACUGCUGUCUGAAAACCAAGCCUUGAAAUCUUCUGGUGGACUUGCUAAUGCUGCUUUUGAUUUUGAUGCUGAGCUCAAAAAGAUAAUGAACACACUGUUCAGGCUGCUACAAAGAGAAUUCAGCUGUGCAGAGUCUUAUUCUAGGAGUGAAGCCACCUCCAUCAUACUGGAGACCAUCAAGUACUACACCACUGAAGUGCUCAAGAUGAGACAUUCCAAAACUUCUACAGUGGCAACUGGGUCUGGUGAUGGCUCCUCACAGAACCCGAAAGAAGGAGGCACAGAAAGCAAGACCAGCAGCACGAAGUCAGAAGUGCAUUCUGAGCCUGCAGCGAAGGAUACUGGCUCUGCCAUGAUGGCCAAGUUUUCCGAACCGCCUGCAGCAACUGAAGCUGCAACUGAAGUCAAAACAGGAAGUGCAGAUGCAGGAAGUACAGAUGCAGGAAGUACAGAUGCAGGAAGUGCAGAUGCAGGAAGUGCAGAUGCAGGAAGUGUAAAUGCAGAAACUGGAGAUGCAGGGAAUGGAGGUGCAGGGAAUGGAGGUGCAGGGAAUGGAGGUGCAGGGAAUGGAGGUGCAGGAACUGGAGAUGCAAGAAACGGAGGUGCAGAUGCUGGAGACAUGCAUCCCCGAUUGGAAGGUGACUCAAGCGAAGUUGCAGCAGCUGAGGAGAAACCAAAGCAAGUUCAAGAGGAGGAUGCUCCAGCAUCAGGUGAUAAUGCUGAGAAAUCAGUUGUGAAUGAUCCAAAGAAGCAACCCAAAGUUGAGCCUGUGCCUGACUGGUCUUGGAAGCCCCAGCCCCCACCACCACCUCUUUUUGAUGACGACGACGAUGAAGACGACUGGCUAAAGUGAUUUUUUUCCUGCCAACGGCACGACAGGGAUACCAGUCUGCACUCUCUAGAGUAGUUUUAUAUUGUGGCAUUGAGUAUUUUACAUAUUCAAUUAACCAUUCCAGCUUCUACAUUUCUCAGAUCGAGCGGUAACUAUUUGUUCAAAGUCGUGUUUGUAGAUCGCAACAUGACGCGAGUGUUGGCCAUGUUGAGUAAAUACUAAAGUGCACACAAUGUAAAUAUAUCGUAACUCUACAAAUGCAUUUGUGUGCCCAUAGAAAUGCAAUAUUUCCUUUGGCUUGACACGUUUGAGUAAUAUAUUUCAUUUUAUGGGUUUGCUUUCAUGAUACCGGAGUGCAGAAACAUUUUGCCAGACGUUUCGGAAUAUGUAAGACUGCACUUUGUGCAGAAGGGUUGAAAAGGCUUCAUUUUCUGCAUUCACAACACUGCUGUCUUAUCCUUGAGAUUUUCCUUGUGUGGCCCAGUCAAGUGGCCUUGAAUAAAUAUAAGGUUCAGUGAUGUGAUUUCUGUGCCAAAGUGCUUACCCUGCUACGUUUCGCCGAAAUGCGAUGAAAUCGUGCCAAUAUUGCUCCAAAACAUAGUUUCACUUCAUUAUUACUGAAAAUAUUAUAGCCGAGGCCCGCUACACGGCCAGAUCGUUACGGUAGGCUUGUACUAUUUUUCAGAACUUUUGAGUUUCGCCUUAAUUAACACACUGCUCAAUUUGAUCCCUGUAUAUAAAUUGCUCGGAAGUCUCGACAUAUUUCUCAUGUUCGUGGUCUGUUCUGGCAGGUUCAUUAGAUUCGUUGAGGGCACUUCUCACUGCACACUGGUGCACUGCAGUGCAGCCAGAACCGCGAAAUAAGCAUUGCAAUUUUGGGUAUCUCGCUUCGCUACAGUGCACCCACGUGCUAAGGGGAAAGCACUCUUCCAGAGCCGGACAUUAUGAUGCAAGUGUCUGAUAUAAUAGUACUGAGAAAAGAACUUGGUGAGUUCUGAUGUAACAACUCUACCUUGUAGUAAAAUUGUGUGAAAUACCAUAAA